AUGAAGUCAACCUCCUUGCUGACAGCCUCCGCGCUGUUGGGCUACGCUUCCGCUGAGGUUCACAAGCUGAAGCUCAACAAAGUCCCUCUCUCGGAACAACUAUACACGCACAACAUCGACGCCCAUGUGCAGGCUUUGGGCCAGAAGUACAUGGGUAUCCGCCCUUCCAUCCACGAGCAAAUGUUCCAGAAUACCCCAGUGAAUGAUAUGGGCCGUCAUGAUGUUUUGGUCGAUAACUUUCUCAAUGCACAAUACUUCUCUGAGAUCGAGAUCGGUACUCCUCCUCAGAAAUUCAAAGUCAUCCUUGAUACUGGCAGUUCCAACCUUUGGGUACCCUCUUCGGAGUGUGGUUCCAUUGCAUGCUACCUGCACACCAAGUACGACUCAUCUGCGUCGUCCACGUACAAGAAGAAUGGCAGCGAGUUCGAAAUCCGGUACGGAUCCGGCAGCCUGAGUGGGUACAUUUCGCAGGACUCCGUCAAGAUUGGUGACCUGAAGAUCAAUGAUCAGCUGUUCGCCGAGGCUACUAGUGAGCCCGGCCUUGCUUUCGCUUUCGGCCGUUUUGAUGGAAUUCUCGGUCUGGGCUUUGACACCAUCUCUGUCAAUAAGGUCGUCCCGCCCUUUUACAGCAUGAUAGACCAGGGACUUCUCGACAAGGGCAUCUUUGCCUUUUACCUGGGAGAUGCCAACAAGGAAGGUGAUAGCUCCGAGGUUACUUUCGGCGGUGUCGAUGAAAGCCACUAUACCGGUGAGCUUACCAAGAUUCCUCUUCGCCGCAAGGCGUACUGGGAAGUCGAUUUCGAUUCUAUUUCUCUGGGCGACAAUACUGCAGAGCUCGAAAACACUGGUGUUAUCCUGGACACUGGUACCUCCCUUAUUGCUCUGCCUUCCACUCUUGCCGAGCUUCUUAACAAGGAAAUUGGUGCCAAGAAGGGCUUCACUGGCCAAUACACGGUUGAUUGUGACUCGCGUUCAUCCUUGCCCGAUCUCACCUUUACCCUGAGUGGCCACAAUUUCAAGAUUACUCCGUUUGACUACACUCUGGAGGUCCAGGGAUCCUGCAUUAGUGCCUUUAUGGGCAUGGACUUCCCUGAGCCUGUCGGCCCGCUGGCCAUUCUGGGUGAUGCGUUCCUGAGGAGAUGGUACAGCGUAUAUGACCUUGACAAUGGCACUGUUGGUCUGGCCAAGGCCAAAUAG